CGCAGACACAAGGAAGUAGGCAUGUCAUUAGUAGUUUGGAAUGUGGAGUGGCAGUAUAAAAGUGCCAGAACGGGAGGCUUAUCCUCACACCAGGUGACAACAUGAAGGUCCUGCUUAUCACGCUGCUGCUCGUGCUGCUGUGUAGCGCUCAAGUGCUCACACUCACAUGCUACACAUGUGAAAAUGAGCACGACGCAACCUGCAAGAUCGAGACAGACUGCCCGACAAACGCCGCAUACUGCAAAACCUUCCAGCGGGGAAACCAGCUUUCUCGAACAUGCGAGGAAUUUUGCGCCGAGGACUACUACACAACCUGCUGCCAAGGGGACCUGUGCUCCCCCUGAGGCGUCACUCUUCCUCUAAUAAUCAAAUCCAAUGAAUAAUAUCAGUUGAACCAGAACAUGGAGCAAGAUGAUUUCUCUUUGAUUUUUCUUUCACUACUAUCACCUCAUUCUAACUGAGAGUCACUGAAGCCUCAUUCAUCGAGCUUCUGAAGCUGUGCAAAGGCGACGAUGCACACAUUUACUUAAUCCCUUCCUGAUGACACUGAGUAGGUCACAGCAUUCUGCUAUGUGGGCCACCCUUUAUCACCACUGUAAUAUUAAGCUGACUCAUCAGUUUUCAACUCAUUAAAAGAUGAAAAACUAA